CGGGUCGUUGACCCGGAAGUGUUAUUGCAUCGUUUACCGUUGUGCUGUUCUGUUCGUGCUAGCCACGUUAGCUCAGUCUCGGCAGCGAUGGCGAACAGAACCGUGAAAGAUGCAAACAGCAUACACGGAACCAACCCGCAGUACCUGGUGGAGAAGAUCAUCCGGACCCGGAUCUACGAGUCUAAAUACUGGAAGGAGGAAUGUUUCGGUCUCACCGCUGAGCUGGUUGUGGACAAAGCCAUGGAGCUGAAGUUCGUGGGAGGCGUCUACGGUGGGAACAUCAAGCCCACUCCCUUCCUCUGCCUCACGCUGAAGAUGCUGCAGAUCCAGCCCGAGAAAGACAUCAUCGUCGAGUUCAUAAAAAACGAAGACUUCAAAUACGUUCGGUUACUUGGAGCGAUGUACAUGAGGUUAACCGGCACCGCAGUGGACUGCUACAAAUACCUGGAGCCUCUGUACAACGACUACAGGAAGGUCAAGAGUCAGAACAGAAACGGGGAGUUUGAGUUGAUGCACGUGGACGAGUUCAUCGACGAGCUGCUUCACGCUGAGAGGAUGUGCGACAUCAUCCUGCCCCGGCUCCAGAAGAGACAAGUCCUGGAGGAGGCCGAGCUGCUGGACACGAGGAUCAGCGCCCUGGAGGAGGAUCUGGACGAAGUGGAGAGCAGCGAAGAAGAAGAUGAGGAGGAAGAGAAGCCGGAGAGACUGCAGACCCCUGAGCCUCACAGACGUGGUUACCGUGACAACGACCGCCCCCGCCGCUCGCCGUCGCCGCGUUACCGACGCAGCCGCUCGCCCAGACGGAGGAGCAGGUCCCCGAAGAGGCGAAGCCCGACGCCUCCUCGUAGAGAACGGCAUCGCAGUAAAAGCCCCCGGAGACACCGCAGCCGGUCCAGAGAGCGGCGGCACAGAUCCAAGUCCCCCGGUCACCACAGAAGCCACAGACAUCGCAGCCACUCCAAGACCCCAGAGAGGAGUUCAAAAAAGAGUCACAAGAAAAGUCGACGAGGAAACGAGUGAUUUUUUUUUUUAAUUUUUUGUCUUGACGUCUUUUUUUCUUCAGUUUUUUUUUUAAACCUUAAAGAUUUUGCCUCAGAUUUACUUACAGAUACAGUUUGAAUUGUCUUUUUUAAGAAAGAAACCGGACCAGUGACACGUUGAUCAUGGACCUGAUUCCUCUUCGGCCUCAAACUCUGGUUCAAAGCCUCUGAGACGAAAGUCUAAUUGUACGUUCCCGUUUUUCCUGAGGAUUAUUUUAGGAUCUGUGGAAGGAAAGAAAGUUCAGUUUAAUCUGAACAGAUUCUGAUGUUUGUUAUAAAUAAAAACCCUGAUUCAUCAGUCAA